AUGACGCGUCUUUUGUAUCCUGUUGCUGUGCUGCUGCUGCUGCUGCAGCAGCAGCAGCAGCAGCAAGCUGCUGCCUUCCGUGUCGGCCUCGGCGCCGACCCCAGAGGGGUUGCAGAUCUUCCGCAGCAGCUACGCCCUGCGGCUGCUGUUCCCUCAGCAAGUCUGCAGCAGCAGCAGCAGCAGCAGCAGCACGUUGCGGUGGUGCCGCAGGCAGCAACCAGCAGCAGCAGCACCAACAGCAGCAGCAGCACAGCAGCAGCAGCAGCAGCAGCAGCAGGCCAGGAGCUCCUAAGCGGACCCUUACCCGUAGAUCUCCGCGGCAAGACUGCCUUUGUAGCGGGAGUAGCAGACAGCAACGGCUACGGCUGGGCGAUCUGCAAGUUGCUGCGUGCUGCCGGAGCGAAGAUAUUAGUCGGCACCUGGCCUCCGGUGUAUAAUUUAUUUAAGAAGGGUUUAGAGACAGAUAGAUUUGCGCAAGAUGCAGCUCUCACUCUAGACCCUUCUGCUGCUGCUGCUGCUGCUGCUGCUGCUGCUGGUAGUGGUAGUGAUAGUGGUGCUGCUGCUGCAGCAGCAGCAGCAAAUGCAGCAGCAAAUGUAGAUAUGCAGUUCUUUAAAGUUUAUCCCCUCGAUGCUGUCUUCGAUUACCCCGAAGAUGUUCCGCCAGAGGUAGCGAACAACAAGCGUUAUGCUGGAGUUGAGGGUUAUACAAUAUCAGAGGUAGCUGAGAAAGUAAAGAAAGAUGUAGGAAAAAUCGACAUCUUAGUUCAUUCACUCGCUAAUGGACCCGAAGUUACUCGGCCCCUGCUGCAGACAUCUCGAAAGGGGUAUUUAGCUGCAGUUAGCAGCAGCAGCUAUUCGUUUGUCUCGCUGCUGCAGCACUUCCUGCCUCUUAUGAAUAAAGGGGGUGCUGCUCUCGCUCUCUCUUAUAUUGCCUCUGAACGCGUUAUUCCAGGAUACGGAGGGGGUAUGAGCAGCGCGAAGGCAGCUCUUGAGUCGGACUGCCGAACAUUAGCAUUUGAAGCGGGGAGGCAGCAGCAAGUGCGAGUUAAUUGCAUUAGUGCGGGGCCUCUUAAGAGUCGCGCUGCUGCUGCUAUCGGGAAGACAGGAGAAAAAACAUUCAUUGAUUUAGCCAUCGAUUACUCUAAAAACAAUGCCCCGCUGCAGCAGAUUGAGGGUCUAGGGUUUAGAAUUGUAGGCAUCAGCAGCAGCCACAGCAGCAGCAGCAGCACCACACCACCAACAACAGCAACAUCAGCAACAUCAACAGCAGCAGCAACAUCAGCAGCGGCAGCAGGAACAGCAGCACCAUCAACAGCAGGAGCAUCAACAACAGCAUCAGAAGCAGCAGCAGCAGCAGCGCCACCACCACCACCAGCACCAGCAUCAGCAGCAGGGGGAGCAGCAGCACGAUCAACAACAGCCCCAACAACAGCAGCAACAUCAGCAGCAGCAGCAGCAGCAGCAGCAGCAAAUAUGUUUGUGUGUUUGUUUCAGGAGCUGGAGGCAGACGACGUAGGCCGUGCUGCUCUGUUUUUGUUGUCUUCACUGGCUAGAGGCGUCACAGGAGAAGUUCUUUACGUUGAUAACGGGCUGCAUGCAAUGGGGCAGGCUCUUGACUCUAAAGCUCUUAACCCUAACUAA